GACAGUGCCAAACAUGCGCUGGUUUGUGGCUCUUAUUCUCUUCGUCCCCAGUUUUGUGCCAGUGCCUGCUAUCGAGGCAGACCUACAGCACAGUGCCGCUGGAAAGAAAGGUAAAAGACAACAUAACUAGUGAGUGAAAAAAACACAUACGGAAGAGACACAGUACCAGAAUAAAAAUCGUUCUCAGGAAACAAUAAUAACUUGCAAAUCGGAGUCGAAGACCUCUCAAGAUGCCUGACGAAGUAGACGUAGAGGCUCCCAGUGAGAAGAGGGAGCUGAGGGAGCACGACGAGAAACACUGCCGCUGCUACAAGCCCAAGGGGUCUCUCCCGCCCCUUACGCCCGUCGACGACAUAGAGAAGCCGAGUCUACAGAAGUCAACGUAUUACAGCCGCGUCACCAAUAAGUACAGCACCCAAAAAAUAGUCAAAGAAGGGCAGAAGCCUAUCAAGAAGGGCUUCAGGACGCUGAGGGACGAGUGCCUGAAGGCCAAUAAGCUCUAUGAAGAUCCUGAAUUCCCGCCCAACGAAUUUUCCAUCAGUUUUCAGGGCAUCACGAGAAGACAUUAUGAGUGGAAGAGACCGCAUGAGUUUGCCAAGGAUCCCCAUAUGUUUAUUGAAGGAGCUAGCCGUUUCGACAUCCAGCAGGGAGAACUGGGCGACUGCUGGCUCCUGGCUGCCGUGUCCAACCUGACGCAGAACCCUCGCCUCUUCCACGUCGUUGUGCCAAGAGAUCAGGGAUUCACACACAUGUACGCCGGCAUCUUCCACUUCAAGUUCUGGCAGUACGGCCGCUGGGAGGAGGUGGUCAUAGACGACAUGCUGCCCACCUACCACAACCAGCUGGUCUUCAUGCACUCGAAAACGGACAACGAGUUCUGGUGCGCGCUGCUGGAGAAGGCCUAUGCGAAACUGUACGGCGGUUACGAGGCCCUGCGCGGAGGAAACAUCAACGAGAGCAUGGUCGACCUGACGGGGGGCGUCGUCGAGAUGGUAGACCUAAGGAACCCGCCGUCCAACCUCUUCAACGUCAUGAAGAAGGCUUACCGAAGGGCGGCGCUCAUGGGCUGCGCGAUCGAGCCGGACCAUCCCCAGGUGCAGUCGGAGAGCAUCCUGCCAAACGGCCUCAUCGUGCGCCACGCCUACUCCAUCACGCGGGUCACGGAGGUCGACAUCGCCUCCGCUGCCCCCAAGUUACAGGAGCAGAAACUUACGCCUUCCUUGCCCAUGCCUCACCUCCAGGGCGCCAUGGCCAUGGUGAACAAGUCCUUAAUGGGUUUAGCAUCCGUGGCCGGCGUCACAGCCACGCAAACGGACCAGUCCGGCCUUAAAUCAGCCUUGACUUCCCUUACCAAUUGGACCCUGAGUAUGGCUUUCCCUGAGGGCAAAGCGGAACUGGUCCGGCUGCACAACCCCUGGGGAAACGAGACCGAGUGGACGGGGGCGUGGUCUGACAAGUCCCCCGAGUGGGCCACGAUCUCUCCCGAAGAGAAGAAGAGGCUGGGACUCACCUUCGACGACGAUGGCGAGUUCUGGAUGUCGAUUCAGGAUUUCGCGUCCAACUUCACCACCCUGGAGAUCUGUGACGUCACUCCGGAGGUCUUCGAGUACGACAACGACAGCGACGAUGAAAGCAGUAGCGACGAGGACGACGAGGAAGGCCACAGGAAGCAGCAGCAGAAUGUGCAGCGGCGGUGGCAGAGGCUCAUGUUCGAGGGGCGUGGGUGUCGCACCACACGGCCGGCGGCUGCAGGAACUUCAUUCAAACGUUUGCGACUAACCCUCAAUACACGGUCAAGCUCGAAGACCCCGAUGAAGACGACGACGACGACCUGUGCACGAUGGUCGUCUCUCAUGCAGAAGAACGUGAGGCAGCUCAAGAGGUACGGGGCCGACUACCAGCCUAUUGGAUACACGAUUUAUAAGCUUCCUCCAGAGAUGGAACCCGGGGUCAAACUGGACACCGAAUUUUUCAAGUACAAUGCAAGUUACGCCAAAGUUCCCUUCUUCCUUAACUGCCGCGAAGUAACCACGAGGUUCCGCUUCCCCGCUGGAUAUUACGUCAUCGUUCCGUCCACGUUCGAGCCAGAGAUGACCGGCGAAUUCCUUUUACGAAUCUUCACGGAAGCCAAAAGGUUGAAAUCCUCGGCCUCUUUGGUCCCUUCACGUGACUCAAAAGCCGUGACCCGUGUGCUUCGACACCUACCUCAAAUUCAUAAUGAUUUACACCCUCCAGCGAUGAGACAUCCCCAGGUGCAGUCGGAGAGCAUCCUGCCAAACGGCCUCAUCGUGCGCCACGCCUACUCCAUCACGCGGGUCACGGAGGUCGACAUCGCCUCCGCUGCCCCCAAGUUACAGGAGCAGAAACUUACGCCUUCCUUGCCCAUGCCUCACCUCCAGGGCGCCAUGGCCAUGGUGAACAAGUCCUUAAUGGGUUUAGCAUCCGUGGCCGGCGUCACAGCCACGCAAACGGACCAGUCCGGCCUUAAAUCAGCCUUGACUUCCCUUACCAAUUGGACCCUGAGUAUGGCUUUCCCUGAGGGCAAAGCGGAACUGGUCCGGCUGCACAACCCCUGGGGGAACGAGACCGAGUGGACGGGGGCGUGGUCUGACAAGUCCCCCGAGUGGGCCACGAUCUCUCCCGAAGAGAAGAAGAGGCUGGGACUCACCUUCGACGACGAUGGCGAGUUCUGGAUGUCGAUUCAGGAUUUCGCGUCCAACUUCACCACCCUGGAGAUCUGUGACGUCACUCCGGAGGUCUUCGAGUACGACAACGACAGCGACGAUGAAAGCAGUAGCGACGAGGACGACGAGGAAGGCCACAGGAAGCAGCAGCAGAAUGUGCAGCGGCGGUGGCAGAGGCUCAUGUUCGAGGGGGCGUGGGUGUCGCACCACACGGCCGGCGGCUGCAGGAACUUCAUUCAAACGUUUGCGACUAACCCUCAAUACACGGUCAAGCUCGAAGACCCCGAUGAAGACGACGACGACGACCUGUGCACGAUGGUCGUCUCGCUCAUGCAGAAGAACGUGAGGCAGCUCAAGAGGUACGGGGCCGACUACCAGCCUAUUGGAUACACGAUUUAUAAGCUUCCUCCAGAGAUGGAACCCGGGGUCAAACUGGACACCGAAUUUUUCAAGUACAAUGCAAGUUACGCCAAAGUUCCCUUCUUCCUUAACUGCCGCGAAGUAACCACGAGGUUCCGCUUCCCCGCUGGAUAUUACGUCAUCGUUCCGUCCACGUUCGAGCCAGAGAUGACCGGCGAAUUCCUUUUACGAAUCUUCACGGAAGCCAAAAGGUUGAAAUCCUCGGCCUCUUAAAUCACAUAAAAAACAUCAAACCGAUAUCGGGUCACCUGUUUCUUCUGUAUCUCCGAAAUUGAUUGUUAAUAUAAAAAAAGACAAGACAAUACCUCCAAAGCUCAACCCGGAUAUAAACUGUAAUGGUCCAGCGCUACCUUCGAGGGGAAGGCUAGAUCAGUAGCAACUCGAGGUGUUAUGGCGUCUGAUUCUAUUUUCAGAAAAAAACACAUUUUGAUGGUCACAAAAGUUACGGAUGCUUUGUGAAUAUGGUCGAUCAUUUUGGUCUUUUCAGUUUUCAAAAAGGAUGGAAAAUAAUGGUUUGAAUGGUUAUAUUUGCAUUGAACAAUCAUCAAACCGCCAUGACACCUCCUUGAGAUGCUAUUGAUUUAGCCUUCCCCUACCUUCGACGCCGAACGGAAAACAUUGUAACGUUCUCCGUUUGGCCAUCAUAACCUCCAAGACUUGCUUUCAGUGGUCCCUUCACGUGACUCAAAAGCCGUGACCCAUGUGCUUCGACACCUACCUCAAAUUCAUAAUGAUUUACACCCUCCAGCGAUGAGUAAUGUGUUUCGUAUUGUGAAUGAGCGCUGCAGGGUGUUCGCCAUUGUCUUUCAUGAUUAACCUUAGAACGUUUCUAUGUCAAAUGGUGCUCUGAUAUUUGGAUAUUUCCCUUCUUUUAUAAGUCAUUUUAUCAUGUUAUCUGUGCCAAAUCCAAGUUUGGUUCGCCAGAUUGUUUUAAAGAUUGUGCAAUAUGAUUUUUAUGAAAAGUGUUUUCAAUAAAAUGUUUUUAUGA